UUUAUCUGUAUGUUACUGUGAUUCAUUCUUCCAUGAGUUCAAUCCUGUCAUGUUUCUCUUCUCCAGGCAGUGUCUACUGGUAUGGACCUGCAGACUCUAGCCAAAGCCUCCAAAGGGGACUGCUGGUCCCGACCCAGACUGUGUCACAUCAGCAGACACCUGGAGCAUGGCCUGGGGAUGACCAUUGUCCCAGUCCAAGGUCAGAAGGGUCAGUACAUGGUGAGGACAGUGACUGAUGGUCCAGCAGAGAAAGCUGGUGUCUGCACUGGAGACAGACUGAUCUGGCUCAACGGAGUCAUGGUGUCAACACUCACACAUUCCACUCUCAACAGAAUUGUGAAGAAGAGUGGGGACUCAGUGACAGUGCUGGUCAUUGACAGUGAAAGUGAGUCUUGCAAUGUCAGGAGGAAGAUGCCCAUUCUGCCUGUGGUGUCAGAAUGCUGCAGCCUCCCUCACACUGCCAAAACCAUGCAUCUGGUUAAAGGGCACGAUGGAUACGGCUUCCUGCUGAAACAAGAGAAGCUGGCAGGCACUCAACUGAAAGUUCAUGUGCUGAGGGAGGUGGAUGUGGGAAGUCCAGCUGAGGGGGCACAGAUGGAGGAUGGAGACCUGCUGCUAGCUGUCAAUGGGAAACCUGUUGAGUCUAUGGAGCAUGAGAACAUUGUCAGAGAGAUUAGACAAAGUGGUGAUAAAGUCACCCUCACCUCUAUAUCUUUACCAGGAAGAGACUUUUACAGAAAGGCAUUUCUCCCCUAUUAUUCCAUGACAAAUCUCCACUCCAGGAUGACAGGCAGCAGACAGCAGAUGGAUGUCUGUCAUAUCCCACAGUGUGUGUUCAGGAAAGGGAGGAGACAGGCUCUGGUUUUCACUCAGACUGUGUCCCACUCAGUCAGGAACUUUAACCACACAGCUCAUUCUGACUGGCUCCUCUCCAUCCUCUGGCUGGGUAGAAAGACCAUUCAAGUGCACCCUGAUGGAUGCAUAAGAGCUGCUUCCAUCACUGUCACCGACAAGUCAUAUAUUGUUCCUGUGGCUCGUGUGGUUCCUCUACAUCAGUUGAGUGAUGAGGAAAAGGAUGUCCAUUCAGACAACUAGGAAGGCUUUUCUCCUGUUUCAAAUGCCACAUAUGACCUCACCUCAUUGGGAAUAACUGAAAAGUGAAGCCCUCAGAAAAAAAAUAAUAUGUGGACACAGCAUAUGACCCCCAGACUUUGUUUUAUUGACAGUAUACUGCUUACUGACAGUGUACUUCUACUUCUAAUUCUACUUCAGAGGAAAACAUAGGACCACUACAUUUACCUGACAGAGACAUAUUACUGGUUACAUUGCAGAUUAAGAUUUUACCCACAAAAUAAAACAAUUCAAAUAUGAUGCAUUAUUAUUCAAUAAACUGUCCAGCAUUAUAUUACAGUUGUUGGGAUUCACAGGACCACAGAUGAUUUGUCAUUUGGUAAAAUCUAAACUGGUCAUUUAAAGGCUUCCUUCUCUGCAUGCUCUUUGAUCUCCAAACAAAGACAGCUA